AUGAAAUUGGUCAGUGGCUUCGGGGUCCGUUUUGUUCGCAAUAGUCGCUUUAUCCACACGCCAAGUCGCCAUGGGCAACUCUUAAUCAGCAGCAUCUUCUGCAAGACACGCAGUAUCGAGAAGCUGGGUUCAGCGAGAACCAGAUUGUAUUCCGAAGGUCCUCUCUUCGGAAAUCACAACAACACAUUUCGAACCACGACCAAGCAGGGCGCCUACGGAUGCACGGAGGUACUUAACCAAGACCUGGUGUCAGACAAUAUGCGGCGGGUGCCGCUUGCGUACGAAGUGGUGUCGGAAAACAGCUCGACGUACUUCCCCAAGCCGCCUGUGAUCAUCUUGCAUGGGCUGUUUGGCAACCGGGCGAACAACCGAACCAUUGCAAGAUUACUGAACGAGCGGUUAGAGCGGGACGUGUACUUGCCAGAUCUACGCAACCACGGGGCGUCUCCGCACAUUGGACGCCACGACUAUCCGUCGAUGGCCGCAGACGUGGAGCAGUUCAUCCAAGAGCGCAACUUUGAGCACGAGCCUAUCAUUGUGGGCCACUCCAUGGGGGCGAAGGUGGCGAUGAGUGUGGUGCUGCGCAAACCCGAGCUGUGCUCUAUGCUGGUGAGCAUCGACAACGCGCCGGUCGCAACGGUGCCCACCAUGUCGUUCCCACGCUACGUCAAGAAGCUCUUGGAGAUCAUCGAGAAUCCCAAGAUCCUGACUUUUGCAGACGCGGAGAAAUCGCUACGCGAAAUAGAGGCGUCUCCCGUGAUCCGCCAGUUUUUGCUCACGAUUUUGCAACGGGUCAAGGACGAAACAGGCGCCUCGCCCUCCGGGUACCGUUUCAAGUCCCGUAUCCCACUCGGGAUCCUGAAUGAUGCGAUCGUCAAGGGCAACAUCGCUAAUUGGGAAUUCAACCCUUGGGUCCACAGGUAUACUUCGCCUGCGCUGUUUAUCCGCGGUACCCGGUCUCACUAUGUGGCAGACGAGCUUCUGCACGACGUCGGACGGUUUUUCCCCCGUUUCGAGGUGGGCGACAUUGAUGCCACCCACUGGGUCAACACCGAAAAGCCCCGCGAAUGCAGUGAUCUGAUUGCCGAUUUUAUCGAGCGUCAUGAGGAACUGUGA